UCGAGCCAGCAAAGCAGAUCGCGCGUUCAUCGAAUAAAGAUCGUGCUCUUAUAAAAGAUUCUACCAUACUCUAAAUAAUAUUGCGAAACGUUAACGCUCUUGUUUUUAAAUAUAAAUAAUUUGUCUUUCGAAAAUUAGUCAGCGAGCAUUUCAAAAAGUCAAAAACAAAAGUGUGCGCAUGACGCGUUAGUUUCAUAUUGACGUAAAUUGUGAGUUCCUCGUUUUGUUCUCGUGCUGUUUGAUAUGUAAAUCACCGCAUGACUGGCGCGAGACAGUGAACAACGAAGACGUGAAUACAGAGAGAGAAAGAGAAUACGAUAUUGACGUAGAAAUUACAAAAUAAUGGCCCAACAACCUGAACCAACGUACAACAGCAUAAUUCAACCCCUUCUGACCGAUUUGUACGAAAUUACGAUGGCCUAUGCGUACUGGAAAUCGGGGAAAAUUGACGACUACGCAGUCUUCGAUCUUUUCUUCCGGCGAAAUCCUUUCGGCGGGGAAUUCACCGUUUUCGCCGGACUGGAGGAAUGCCUUAAAUUUUUGCAGCGCUUUCACUUUUCUGACAGCGACAUUGCGUAUUUGAAACAAACUCUACCGAAAGGGACCGAAGACGAAUUCUUUGAGUUUUUGCGAAACAUAAGGCUCGAUCACGUAACUCUUUACGCAAUGGACGAAGGAACGGUGGCUUUCCCGAGGGUUCCCCUACUUCGAGUGGAAGGUCCCUUGGUCAUAACGCAAAUGUUAGAAACAACCCUUUUGACUUUGGUCAAUUACGCGAGUCUGAUUACCACAAACGCAGCCAGAUUUAGAUUGGCCGCCGGACAGGACGUGAGCCUGUUAGAAUUCGGAUUGAGACGCGCCCAAGGACCUGACGGAGGAUUAUCGGCGUCCAAGUAUUCGUACAUUGGAGGAUUCGAUGGCACCAGUAACGUUUUAGCGGGAAAAUUGUUCAAUAUUCCUGUGAGGGGGACGCAUGCUCACGCGUUCGUCACGUCGUUCUCGGGAUUUGCCGAACUCGAGCCGAAAAUGAUUAAAUCUCAAAAUGGUAACCAGGAGAUUAAUCUGUUGGAUUCUGCGUUGACAUGGAGAAAAAAACUCGUGCCAGUUUUUAAGGUCAUAGAAUCGCAAGUAAACGACGGCGAGCUUGCAUCGUUUGUUUCUUAUGCUCAUGCUUUUCCAAGUGGAUUCUUGGCCCUAAUCGACACGUACGAUGUCGUCAAGAGCGGUCUGGUCAACUUCUGCGCGGUGGCUUUAGCACUUUCCGAAAUUGGCUAUAGGGCAAUCGGUAUUCGAUUGGACAGCGGCGAUCUCGCUUACUUGUCAAUCGUGACUCGACAGUUUUUCGCUAAAAUAGGCGAAAAAUUUUCCAUUCCAUGGUUUAAAGAUCUCACGAUCGUAGCAUCGAACGAUAUAAACGAAGAAACUAUUCUUAGUAUUAACGAGCAAGGGCAUGAGAUAAACUGUUAUGGGGUCGGUACGCAUUUGGUCACUUGUCAGAAACAGCCCGCUCUCGGUGGAGUUUACAAGCUCGUGGAGCUGAAUGGAAUGCCGAGGAUGAAACUGAGUCAAGACGUGGAAAAGGUUACGCUUCCAGGAAAAAAAAACGUUUACAGAUUGCUCAACAAAGAAGGAUACGCACUGAUAGACCUAAUGCUGAAACAUAAUGAACCUCCUCCAAAACCACAGGAAAAGGUCUUAUGCCGACACGCUUUCCUGGAAUCUAAGAGGGCGUAUGUUUAUCCUCACAUAGUUGAGCCGCUAUAUAAAGUUUACUGGCAGGAUGGAAAAAUCUGUCAGCCUCUUCCUGACAUGCAAGAAAUGCAAAACAGGGUCAAAGAAUCGCUGAAUACGCUUCGUCCCGAUAUCAAAAGAAGUUUAAAUCCUACACCGUACAAAGUUUCUGUAAGCAUGGACCUGUUCAACUUUAUUCACGAACUGUGGCUCGAGAAUGCACCAAUUGGUGAACUGUCUUAGAAACUGCAUCUCAACAACUCCAAUUUUUUAUUUUUUUUUUGUUACUUCAGCAAUAGCGUAUGCGGUUUAACUUUAGAAUAAGAAGUUUUAUUUCCAAUACUUAGUAACGAUAAGUUUCUAGGAUUAAGUAACGUUGUUUGUAACCAUUUAAGUUGUGAGUUCUUAAUGUUUAAACAAAAGAAAAAAUAAAAUUGUUUAUUUUUCUGA